AUGUCUGCUUCAGAGACCUCAUACGUGACUGUCGAUGUCUUCACCAACAAGAGGUACACCGGCAACCAGCUCGCCGUCGUCGACAUCAACAAUGUAGACCUCUCGGCCACGCAGAUGCAAAGAGUCGCUCGCGAAUUCAACUUUUCCGAGACCAUCUUUCUUCGCCAGCCCGAGUCCGGGACGCCCCAGAUCCGCAUCUUUACUCCCGUCAACGAGAUGGAGUUUGCGGGGCACCCCGUCAUUGGCGGUGGACACGUCCUGUUCCGCCAGCUGCUGUCGGGUCCGAAUGCAAAGCCGUUAGAGAAGGAGGCGAUUGAUGUGCAGACGAAUGCUGGUAUCGUGACUCUCAAGUAUGAUGUCAAGGCCGAGACGGUGGCUGCUCAGAUCCCGCAUAACGUGCACAUUCACGAGGUAAAGGCCUCAAAGAAGGCUAUUCUCGACACGCAGGGUAGCUUGGCUGCUGCAGCCGACACUUUGAAGGAUUCUUACCCGAUUUCGUCAAUCGUCAAGGGCGUCACCUACGUCUUGGUAGACUUUACAGACCACCCCGACAACUUUGCCGGCGUGCUCCCCGGCCCAUGCCCCGACGUUCCUCUGGACAGCGAGUGGUCUCCAUCCUUUGUCGGCACCAUGUACUACCGCGUCCUAGGAACACGCGACGAAGAGGACCGCAGGGUAUACGAUCUUCGCGUGCGCAUGAUUGCCAUCAACCUCGAAGAUCCCGCCUGUGGCAGCGGUUCCUGCUCGCUAACGGCGUAUCUCGCUCUUCAAGAAGGAGGCGCGAACAAGGCGUUCAGAUUCUACCUGGACCAGGGGUCUGAGAUUGGGCGGGACAGCAAGAUUAUUGUGGAUAUUGUGCUGAAUGAGAGCGGCGAUGGUAUUUCUUCUGUGUUGUUGUCUGGACAGGCGGCGCCGGUGUCUCGAGGCCAGCUGUUGUUGCCAGAAUAA